AUGCGACUUCCUUCAAGCUCUUACGGGCAGACAGGCCUGAACGCCCUCUUCGGGAGAGCUGACGUCUGUGAUGUGGCUUUCCCGGGCGAAGGUGCAAGCACCAAUUUCUGUUCACCAAGUAAUACGUUGUGCUGCGUGCGAAAAGGGCAACAAUAUCCAGCAUGUCAAACCGGCGUUGGUAAAGGAUGGUGCUGUACCGGAACCGGCACAAGCAACUGCUACGUCGACCAAGCCUCCUCCUGCGACGAGCCCAACGCCGUACCCUGCACCAACCUCAAAAAGGGCGUCUCCAAAGCCUGCUGCCCGCGCCUGACGAGCUGUUCCGACCAAUAUGAAGCCACCGAGGAAUUCGUCCGGUGUAACAUCCAAUACGACGACUUAUUCCACCCGGCCGUCGUUGUCACAGCUACCAUCUCAGAAAGCGGGAGGGUAUCAACAGUGACGCUGGGUCCUUCAUCGUCGUCGUCAUCCAGCACGUCGUCGACGGUAUUAUCAUCAUCCUCUACCACGCAGUCAUCGGUGCCGUCAAGUUCGGCAACUGCGCCCGAGUCCGGAUCCGGAUCAGCAUUGACUCCCCUUCCUGGUCUCCCCGUGCCGUCAAGCACAGCAUCAUCAAUACCGGCCGGCCCCUCACCGACUCCAGAUUCCCCGCCAAUGAUCUCCACCGGCGCCAUAGCAGGUAUCUCCGUCUCGGCCACUCUCGCAGGCGCCCUCCUCGCUGUUCUGAUCUGGAUCGUCCUCCGCCGUCGCAGGAAAGCCUCAGCCGCAGCCGAAUCCGAGAAAGCCGCAGCUGGAACAGAUGGCAACCAAACCGGAAGUGGAAGCGACCAAGACACAAGUAGAGACCUAGGCAAUCCACCCGAUUACCUCCCCGAAUUACCGCAUGACAACACCCGUUCCGAGGCACCGGGGGAUACCUGUCCGUAUUCGUAUUGGGUUGGGCAGAAUGGGGAGGGGUAUUAUAAGCCGAUGGAGUUGAUGACGGAGAGGGUGGUGCCGGUUGAGCUGCAGGGGAACAACAUGAAUACGCAGAGGGGGAUGAUGCCAGGGCAACAAUGGCAAAAUCAGCACCACCAACAGUAUGGGCCGUUUGAGAUUAUGACGAAUCCGAGGGGGUCGGGGGUAGUAGGUACGCCGAGGGCUGAACUGGCGGUGCCAACGCCUAGGGCGGAGUUGGGGACGUUUAUAUGA